CUGUGAGGUGCCAUACAGUGGUCUACAGAGAAGAAUGAUACUAGCUUCUGUCUAUAAUUUUCCCAUCUUGGGUUCUGUUAGAAAAUCUCUCCGGUGUAGAGCGUUUUUGUAUGAGCUGCACUGGUCUCAUCUCCAGGUGGAAUUACAGCAUGUCUCAUCAGAGAGUCUUGAUGUUACUCUGCACUGUGAUUCUGCUUCCUCUCUCUAUAGCAGUCUCUUACUCAGGAGCUGAAAGUGGAGAGGGCUCUCUUGAUUUAUCACAAGAUAUUGUGAGCAAGAGCGACCACCAGGAGACGUACAUCAUGCCAUACUGGAACAUGUGGAGUUCAGACUUCUUUGGCUGGAUGGAGGAGUUAAGAGCUCAAGGGGCAUAUGAUACACUCGUGGACUUGGCAAGAACCUAUUGGGCUCAUUUUCCUUUGACCAGCUAUUUAGGUUAUGGCCUUCAUCCUGAACAGUCAGAGGAUACUAACAACUGACAGCAUCUGGAUAUUGUCUGUGUGCUUCCUGGUUCUUUAAACAGCUGAGUAGAGUUUAUGAUUUUGUAUAUUUGCUUUGUAUAGCCUCUUAAAGCUUUUAUUAACUAAACCAAAUUUACAUACAACUAUACAC